CAGUCCGGUAAUUCACUCCGAUAGUUCGUCGUUGAUCUAUACGCAAAGAGAAAGAUGGCAGAAGCCGCUCCAGCUCCCGCUCCACCCGCCGCCAAGGUUAAAGCGGCCAAGAAGAAGGUCGUGAAACCGAAGACCGCCGGCCCCAGCGUCAGUGAGCUCAUCGUGAAGGCCGUGUCCGCGUCCAAGGAGCGCAGUGGCGCGUCAGUGUCCGCCCUCAAGAAGGCUCUGGCUGCCGGCGGCUACGAUGUGGAGAAGAACAAUUCCCGCGUGAACACCACCAUCAAGAAGCUGGUGGUCAGCGGGACCCUAGUCCAGACCAAGGGAACCGGGGCCACCGGUUCGUUCAAGAUGAGCAAGAAGGUGGAGACCAAGGUCCAGAAGCCGGUGAAGAAGGCCGCUCCGAAAGCGAAGAAGCCCGCCGCAAAGAAACCCGCAGUGGCUAAAAAGCCCAAGUCGGCGGCAGCCAAGAAGCCAGCAGCCGCUAAAAAGUCCCCGAAGAAGGUGACGAAACCAGCAGCGGCCAAGACGCCCACCAAGAGCCCCAAGAAGGUGGCGAAGAGCCCCAAAAAAGUGGCGAAGAGCCCCAAAAAGGAGGUGAAGAAGGCGCCUGCUGCCAAGAAGUCCCCCGCGAAGAAGGUCGCCAAACCCAAAGCGAAGAAGACAGCAGCCAAGAAGAAGUGAGCUGUCCUCACUGUGAAACAUGUCCAUCCUGGUAAAAGGCUCUUUUAAGAGCCACACACGUCUAUCCUGAAAGAGCUGUUUCCUCAUCAUUCAUCACCACUUUCACUAAAUAUGUAGAGACAGAGUUCUUAACUACAGGGAGUCAAGAUAGAUUGAACAAUAUUAGAUGUCUUUCUUAAAAUUAUAACAGUAAGAAGUUAGUAAAUAUCAAAACAUCAAAUAUUAUAAAACAUAGCUUUAGACUCUGUGAAGGAGUAGCCUACCACUACUUACACACAUGCAUUAUGUAACAUGGUGUUCAGCGAUAUCGUCAUUACUUCAUAUACCAACUUUUUCAUGUAACCAUACUGUGCUGUAGUAA